GGCUUAUAAGCAGCCGGCCGCGGAGGGAAGCUCCCUCGCGAGGCUCCGAGCGCAGCUCCCACCGCGAUGCCCGUGGCGCUGGGGCUGCUGCUGCUGGUGCUGAGCCCGGUGGGUGCCCUGGAGCCGGGGCUUGAGCCCCCCGAUUACGAUGCCACCGAGGCGGGGGCUGCCCUCUUCGCCGAUGCCUACAACAGAACGGCCGAGAUCGUCCUCUUCAAGAGCGUCUCGGCCAGCUGGGAUUAUUACACCAACCUGACGGCCACCAACGGUGCCCUGCAGGUCGAGGCAUCGCUGGAGGAGCAAAACUUCACAGAGGCAUGGGGCAAGAAAGCCAAGGAGCUCUACGGCAACAUCUGGAACAACUUCAGUGACACCCAGCUGAAGAAAAUCAUCGGCUCCAUCCAGACCCUGGGGCCCUCCAACCUGCCCCUGGACAAGCGACAGCAGUACAACACCAUCCUGAGCGACAUGGACAAAAUCUACUCCACGGCCAAGGUGUGCCCGACCAACGAUACCUGCUGGGAGCUGGAGCCAGACCUCUCGGACAUCAUGGCCACGUCCCGCAGCUACAAGAAGCUCCUGUACGCCUGGGAGGGCUGGCACAACGCCGCAGGAAACCCACUGCGUGCCAAGUACGAGGAGUUCGUGCAGCUGAGCAACGAGGCGUACCGGAUGGACGGCUUCGAGGACACGGGCAGCUACUGGCGCUCCUGGUACGACUCAGCCUCCUUCGAGGAUGACCUGGAGCAUCUCUACAACCAGCUGGAGCCGCUCUACCUCAACCUGCAUGCCUUUGUCCGGAGGAAACUGUACGACCGCUACGGCCCCAAAUACGUCAACCUGAAGGGUCCCAUCCCUGCCCACCUCCUGGGCAACAUGUGGGCUCAGCAGUGGAACAACAUCUACGACCUGAUGGUCCCCUACCCUGAGAAGCCCAACCUCGAUGUGACGAGCACCAUGGUGGAACAGGGCUGGAACGCCACCCACAUGUUCCGGGUCUCGGAGAAGUUCUUCACCUCCCUGGGGCUGCUGGAGAUGCCCCCUGAGUUUUGGGACAAGUCCAUGCUGGAGAAGCCGACGGACGGGCGGGAGGUGGUGUGUCACGCCUCGGCCUGGGAUUUCUACAACCGCAAGGACUUCAGGAUCAAGCAGUGCACAACGGUGACUAUGGAGCAGCUGUUCACCGUGCACCACGAGAUGGGCCACGUGCAGUACUACCUGCAGUACAAGGACCAGCCCGUCUCCUUCCGCAGCGGGGCCAACCCCGGCUUCCACGAGGCCAUCGGAGAUGUCAUGUCCCUGUCCGUCUCCACCCCCAGCCACCUCAAGGAAAUUGGGCUCCUCAGCAGCGCCACCGAGGACGCGGAGAGCAGCAUCAACUACCUGUUGAAGAUGGCCUUGGAGAAGAUCGCCUUCCUGCCCUUUGGCUACCUCAUCGACCAGUGGCGCUGGAACGUGUUCAAUGGCCACACGCCCCCCAGUCGUUACAACUACGACUGGUGGUAUCUGAGAACUAAAUACCAGGGUAUUUGUGCUCCGAUUUCGAGGAACGAAAGCAACUUCGACCCUGGGGCAAAGUACCACAUCCCUGGGAACACCCCUUACAUCAGGUACUUUGUGAGCUUCAUCCUCCAGUUCCAGUUUCACAAGGCGCUGUGCCAGGCGGCCAACCACACUGGUCCCCUACACACCUGUGACAUCUACAAGUCCACAGAGGCUGGAGCCAAACUCAGGGAGGUGCUGGAAGCUGGGUCUUCCAAGUCAUGGCAGGAAAUCCUGUUCAACCUCACUGGCACGGAUAAGAUGGACGCUGGGGCCCUCCUGGAGUACUUCAGCCCUGUCACCACCUGGCUGGAGGAGCAGAACAGCAAGACCAAUGAGGUGCUGGGCUGGCCAGAGUUCGACUGGCGUCCCCCUGUCCCUGAAGGCUACCCCAAAGGCAUUGACAAAAUAGCAGACGAGGCACAAGCUAAAGAGUUCUUGGCCGAGUACAACAGGACGGCCGAGGAGGUGUGGAACGCCUACACUGAGGCGUCCUGGACCUACAACACCAACAUCACCGACUACAACAAGGAGAUCAUGCUGGAUAAGAACUUGGCCAUGUCCAAGCACACCCUUGAGUACGGGAUGAGAGCCAGGCAGUUCGACGCCUCCGACUUCCAGGACCAAACUGUCACACGCAUCCUCAAGAAGCUGAGCGUCAUCGAGAGGGCAGCCCUGCCUGAGGAUGAGCUGAAGGAGUACAACACCCUUCUCUCAGAUAUGGAGACCACAUACAGCGUAGCCAAGGUCUGCAGGGAGAACAAAACCUGUCACCCCUUGGAUCCUGACCUCACGGACAUCCUGGCCAAGUCACAGGACUAUGAUGAGCUCCUCUUUGUCUGGAAGGGCUGGCGGGAUGCUUCUGGGAAGAAAAUGAGGAACAACUACAAGCGAUACGUGGAACUGAGCAACAAGGCAGCUGUGCUCAACGGCUACACAGACAACGGGGCUUACUGGAGAUCCCUGUAUGAGACAUCCACCUUCGAGGAAGAUCUGGAGAAGUUGUACCUGCAGCUGCAGCCCCUGUACCUCAACCUGCAUGCCUAUGUACGCCGGGCCCUAUACAAAAAGUAUGGAGCUGAGCACAUAAACCUGAAGGGUCCCAUCCCUGCUCACCUGCUAGGCAACAUGUGGGCCCAGUCAUGGUCCAACAUUUUCAACCUGGUGGUGCCCUACCCAGAUGCCACCAAGGUGGAUGCCACCCCAGCCAUGAAGGAACAGGGCUGGACACCCAAAAUGAUGUUUGAAGAGUCGGACCGUUUCUUUACCUCCCUGGGCCUCAUCCCCAUGCCGCAGGAGUUCUGGGACAAAUCCAUGAUCGAGAAGCCGACGGACGGGCGGGAGGUGGUGUGUCACGCCUCAGCAUGGGACUUCUACAACCGCAAGGACUUCAGGAUCAAGCAGUGCACUGUGGUGAACAUGGAUGACCUGAUCACGGUGCACCACGAGAUGGGCCACGUCCAGUACUUCCUGCAGUACAUGAACCAGCCCAUCUCAUUCCGCGAUGGAGCCAACCCUGGCUUCCACGAGGCUAUUGGGGACGUUAUGGCCUUGUCCGUCUCCACCCCCAAACAUCUGCACAGCAUCAAGCUGCUGGACCAAGUCACAGAAAACGAAGAAAGUGACAUUAACUACCUGAUGAGCGUCGCCCUGGACAAAAUCGCCUUCCUGCCCUUCGGGUACCUCAUGGACCAGUGGCGCUGGAAGGUGUUUGAUGGGCGCAUCAAGGAGGACGAGUACAACCAGCAGUGGUGGAACCUCAGGCUGAAGUACCAGGGCUUGUGCCCACCAACACCAAGGUCUGAAGAUGACUUUGACCCUGGAGCAAAGUUUCACAUCCCUGCCAAUGUCCCCUACAUCAGGUACUUUGUCAGCUUCGUGAUCCAGUUCCAGUUCCACCAGGCUCUCUGUGACGCAGCUGGGCACACGGGGCCCCUGCACAAGUGUGACAUCUACCAGUCCAAGGAGGCCGGGAAUCUCUUGGGGGAGGCCAUGAAGCUGGGUUUCAGCAAGCCGUGGCCUGAAGCCAUGCAGCUCAUCACGGGGCAGCCCAACAUGUCAGCAGAGGCCCUGAUGAGCUACUUCCAGCCCCUCAUGACAUGGCUGGUGAAGGAGAACGAGAAGAACGGGGAGGUCCUGGGCUGGCCCGAAUACGACUGGACUCCUUACAAGGCCGCUCAAAGCCAAGCUGGCUCCUCCGACCGAACCGAUUUCCUGGGCAUGUCCCUGAACAGCAAACAAGCCUCAGCAGGUGGCUGGGUCCUGCUCGCCCUGGCACUCGUCUUCGUGAUCACCACCAUCUUCCUGGGCGUCAAGUUGUCCUCGGCAAGGAGAAAGGCCUUCAAAUCCAGCUCAGAAAUGGAACUAAAAUAAGGCGGACACCGAUGGGGGAGCACAGACAGGGUACGAGCGCAGGCACUCGGGCAGGCUGGUGGCAAUGCUGCGGGCACGUUCGCCCACGAAGCCAUGGGUUUCCACAGCCCAGGACUCCUCUCUCCAAUCAGGUUGGACUUUUUUUUUUCCACUAUGCAAGAGCCAAAGCAGAAAAGACCUAUUUAUUUGUCAGCGUCUGCAUAAGGGGGAGAGAAAUUCAGGCACCGGCAGGCACGGAGCCAUCACGGGCUGCCCCCAUGCCUGGGGGGCGCAGGUCCAGCCCAGGCACUCACCAUCUAUCUCUGACCCCUAUGCCAGGGUGGCCAAAGCCAUGGGGGCUUCAAGUGACAGAGGGCAGGCUUGGGAAGGACAGAGCACGUUUGUGUUCUCUGUCCAUCCCUGGUUUGCCCACUGCUGGGCUGUUCGCUUGCAUGGAUGAAAAAUAAACCCAUGUCUUGUUACCCCCA